GUUUGUUGAACCUUUCUACGUUACAAAUUUCCAAUAUUGAAACAUUGAAUGCGGCUACCCGGGAUUUUGUUUCCGUAAACCGAAUGUCGUGGGUACUAGACAGUUAGAAAGAAAUGUAUGUGGAUACUCAAGACCAGUCAACUACGAGGCUGGGAAUUAUAAUUCAGCCCCACCUUAUCAAUUUUUCUGUCAGUUAGCACAUGGAAGUCCAACAGGCAUAAUUCAUGGGUUUACAACUAUUCGACAGCUCUAUUCAAAAAUAUCAGAGUGCUUUGAUAUAAGUCCCUCUCAGAUAAUGUUCUGUACACGAAAUACGCACAAGUUAGAUAUGGAAAAGCUGCUUUGCUAUGAAAUUGGUUUAAACGACUUCCUUUUCGCGCAUAUACAAGGACAACCGAAAGAGAUUAAAAUACGCAAAACAAGUGAAUCAUUUGGUUUAACUUUGACAGAUAAUGGUUGUGGUGUUGUCAUUAUAAAACGUUUACAACCAAAUGGUUUAAUGGAUAGAGUAUCAAAAGCCUGUGGUAAUCUAAUACAACCAGGGGAUCAAAUUGAGAAAAUCAAUGAUAUAUCAUUUACUGGUAAACGUCAUUAUCAUGUUGCAGGAUAUUUACAAACUAUUCCUAUUGGAGGCGUAUUUUGUCUUCGAUUAAUUUCACCGGAACGUUGUCCUAUGUAUAUGUUAAGUUCACGAUCGAGUGGUAGAAGUGGACGUCAAAUAGAAUCGGGAAAAAGAACAAUACGUUUAAGACAAGAUGGUAAAGUUGAAGAGAGUGAAAUAGUGGAUGUUGAAGUCGAAGGUACACAAAGAAUUAAUAAUAUUCUUGGUGAGUGUUUAGGAUUUGAAGAUAAUGAACUUGCAUUCUACAUUUACGAACUGGCGAAAUCCUCCUAUCUCCCACGGGAUUUAGAAUAUCAUUUAAAUAGUAAUAAAUUAUUUGAUUUCAAUUUACCUAAAAAUUUAAUCAGUAAACUAUGGAGAGUAGCAAAUCUACAAGAAUACUCGACAACUAAUCCACGAUCACCACAGAAUCAUAGAAAGAUAAAUUACAAGCCUACCUCUGAUUUGAAAACAAAUCUUUAAACUGAAAGACUGACAAACAUCCUGCUGAAGACAAAUUUAUCACUUUACCCUUUUAUUAUUUAUGAAAUAUUUAAUCACUAGCUCUGUUGUACAUUGAUUAUGAAGUCAAUUUUCUAAUUAAUUUUCUAUCAUUUUACAUACAUACACACACACACACAGGUAGGUCGCAUUAAUCAAUUUGAUGUGGAUGAGUUGAUGUAAAGAUUUCAUUCGCCUCCUUCUUUUGUGUGCCGAUGUGUGUGCAUGUGUGCUAGGAUAUUUUUUGCAUUGUAAUUUCUUCCUUUCCUUUCUUUACUUUUUGAUUAUCCUUUUGUAUUAUUGUUAGCUUGCCUCUCUCUCUCUCUCUCUCACCAUCUCUGCUUAUGCUUAAAUAACUAUGCUCAAAAAUAAUACGCCUAAUUUAUUUAA